CCUGCAGAGAAAACAGGGAUCCUUUCAUAGACACGAUCACGCGCUGCAGUGGGCCCCGGAGCCGGGACAACUGUUGGCCUCGCUCGGAUGGCCGCAGUCCCGGCCGGGCUUCUCUGUACGAUGGUGGUAUGGGAGGCAGGGAGUCGCUCCACCUCUACUCUAAUCCUGUUCCUCCGUUCUGAGGGUCACCAGAAAACUACACCCCCUUACGGUUUUGUGCAUUUAAAGGUAGAACAGCUGUCCCAGAGAGUCUGGGAAGUAAGGGGGUUGCAGUUUCAGAAACCGAGGCCUAGCAGACUGGAUUCACUCAUAUCUGCGUUGUUGAUUUUCUUCCUGACUAUACCAAGGGCUACGGACGGAUUCACAAUCACCCCCGGGGCAGGGGAUCAGCAGCUAUAUCAUGUGGACAAGUUUGAGUCUUCUCUACUCCUCAAUUCUUUCUUCUUUUUUCUUUUGUGCCCCGUCCUGGAGCUAGAGGGGAGGAACCUACCAAAUACGGACGCUGUUGGUGGCUGUAAUUCUUUGUGGCGUGAGUUGAAAGCUACUGCUCAGAGGAUGCUGGAAAGUCAUUAUUAGUGUAAUUCUCUCUUGUUUAUUUUUGCUGAGAAAGGUUGAGAAAUAUGGGGAGAUAAUGAAGGUGUGUACACCUUAUGUCGAGUAGAGUUCAUUCUCUGUCAACCACUGAAAACCACAUUGCUUUCUGCUUCUCCUUUUUCCUUUGCUGACAGUGGUCAUCUCCACUCUGCUGCUUAAAAGUCUUGCUGGGGUAUGGAGAGAAGUUGGAAGUCUCUGGUGAAGGAAGCUUGUCCACACGCUACCCAUAAGCUGCCCCUGCACAUCCCUCAGAAGGGGCUCUGUUCUCAGCCUGCACUGAAGUCCACAGUGAACCAAUGUUCCCCAGCCCCAUGCCCCCACUCUCCCUUCUGGUCCUGAUCAAGAGCUACACUGUUCUUGAGUAUUUUGGAAAUGAAAACCUUUCAACUUUCUAGGGCUUUCCUACUUCACUCAGAAAUUGUAAACUCAGUACCAGGUCUAAAAUGCACCUAAAGGCCGAAAGCAGCAAGGGCACCAUUUCUGUGCCUGUGCACGCCUGCCCCGUUGUCCCUGGAGCCAGGCAAAAGGCUGCCACCACUCGUAGUUGGAAUACAAUGAGUUGAGUUCCUUUUGACUGAAUAUGAAUAUUGAGGAAAUCUGAUGGAAAGAGGGAAAUGCAUUUAAUAUCAUUACACUGGAGCAAUUAGUGUGCUGGAGCAAUUGCAGCACACUAAGCAAUUAUAGAAAUGUAACCUUUGGCAACCCUAUAUUGGGAUCAUAGAGAAGAAGUGGGUGAGAGGAGCAAGCUGAACUUUCUCAGUCAGAUAAGGAAACAUAACUUCUAAUUUAAAUUUCAGAGAAUUGCAAAAACGCUGUCUUCCUUUCUAAAUCAGAAGGCAAGAAAGUGAAGGGUCCAUCUGAUAAGAAUCAAGGAAUUUUUUUUCAAUGCAAUUGUAACCUUUAGUAGGUUUCUGUGCUUUGUUUUGGGGGUUUUUUUUUGGUGUUUUGCAUAAGUACAAAUGGCUUAACCAGGCAGAGUUGAAGAGCCAAGGCAUUUAAUAAAUACACAAUCUACAAGUGAUUCUAAAAGGCUGUUAGAAUCUGUUCAUUCACACAUUUCUGUCUGCAAAACAGCAGAUAAGGACGGUGUAGGUAAAACCCAAGAGCAUAUAUAAUCAGUGAUAACAAAGGGCAUGUAGCAUAGAAAGCUUGCCUUCCCUAGGGCCCAUCCAGCUCAUGGUCACACCUUUCCUGUGCCUGUACAACAAAAUAUAACUUAUUGAGAAAAUGUAUUCUACAUUUAUACGUUCCAGGGUUCACCUGGGGCCUAUUAAUAAUGAGUAUUAGUUUAUUUGUAAUGCUAAAUUUUGCAGUUUAUAGUCUAUGUGCAAAUUCAUAAACAUUUUUCUGAUAAGCAUCUUUUUUUCCGAAGCACAUACCUGAACAUUAAUAAUCUCACGUAUUGUUACACGUAUUGUAGCCUAGCAUUAGCUAAAUUAAGUUUCUUUCUAUUAGGAUUUCCCUGGAACCCUCCUUGCCCCUGACCUUCCAUGCUCCAUUCCUUCCUUGGUUGCUUUUGACCAUUCCUUCUGCAUCUCUUGGCCUCCUUAAUAACUCCAUUUUGUUGGUCUCUAUAUACCUGUUAACCCUGGGGGGAGGGGAUUUCCUUCUCUCUCUAGCCUCACAACCUCUCGAGCACCAGAGCUGCACUGCCAACUCUCCCUAGACCUUUCCUCUCGCCUGACCCCUUGCCACCUCAAACCCAAUAGAAUUAGUAGUAAGAGUGCCAUCUUUCCCUCGCUGCCAGCUCCUGUGCCGGGUUCUGUUUCUUUGUUCAGGGGUUCAUCCUCGUUCUACCAUGAGGUAGAAUAUUCUACCAUAUUUCCUCACUUGAAUUAUUGGAAUUUCAUUUCAAACUCCACAUGCCCAAAUCUGAGCUGCUGAUUUCCCAACCCAAAACCUUUUCCGUACACAGUCUUCCCAUCUCAGUUUGUGGCAAUACCAUCCUUGCAGUUGUUUAGGCCAAGCAUCUGCCAGUCAUCUCUGACUGCUUUCCUUCACAUCUUACGGUCUGUAUCCCCAAGAUACAUCCAGUACCCAGCCACUUCUCACCACGUCCAUUGUGACAUCCUUAGUUCCAGCCCCUGGAUUAUCCUGAAUGGGCUCCCUGCUUCUUUCUUCCAUCCUGGUUCCUGCAAGUUACUUGGGAGCUGAUCAAGACUUCAAGCUAAAGAUGGUGAUGAUGAGUCGCCUGAGGGUCAUUCUUCAAGCCUCUCCAUGCAAGGCACAGUGGAGAAGGUUCCAGAUUCCGAGGUCCAUGCUAGCAAGGCCCUUCAGCCUCUACACCUGCACUUACAGAACCUGGAACCGAGCCUUGCACCCUCUCUGGGAGAGCGUGGACCUGGUCCCGGGGGGUGAGUGCCAGUCGCCCAUCAACGACCGGUGGAGGGACAGUGUCUACGAUCCUGGCUUAGAACCGCUCACCGUCUCUUACGACCCGACCACCUGCCUCCGCGUCUGGAGUAACGGGUACUCUUUCCUCGUGGAACUUGAAGACUCUGCAGAUAACUCAGGUGAGAGCCAGACCUGUCUGUGGGCUCAUCUGGAGUUAAAGGGACAGUUUCAUGCAGACCGCGGCUGUCACCUGUCGGCGGCGAUGGGUGUUGACUCCUGUGGCAGAGUGAGUCGCACGCCCCCUGAUGGAGGUCAGUCCCAGCUGGACCCCGCUCACGCUGUCGCUCCACAUUCACCAGCAAUGCUGCAGGCAGAAAGGACUUUUCCUUAA